AUUCCGGCAUCCACGACGACCUCAAGUAAUCAAGAGCAACAGUCGAUGACACCUGCGCCGUCCAUGAUGGUGUCGAAGCUGGCGGAAGACCAGCGCCACAUUGACGAGCUCUCUGGCGCCACACGCAAGACCAAGAAAUUGUUGGCGGGCGCACUGUCCGGUAUGAUUUCCGCGUUGGCCUUCCAGCCUCUGGACGUGCUGCGCACGCAUCAACAGGGCGCGUUCACGUCACAUUCGGAGCCUCCCAAAGUGUCUACUGCAACCUCACGCCUCUCUCUUCCGGACACCAUUAAGGCGUCUCGACCGGCUGACGAUCCUGUAGCGAGGCUUCGCUCCAUGUGGCGUGGAACCUCGUCCACGCUCAUUCGCGUCGCGGGCGGCGCCGGGCUCUACUUCGCCACUCUGGACCACUGCCUCAACCUUUUCCCACAAACUGCAGUCAACACCUUCCUGGCAGGAGCUUUUGCGCGUACCUUUGCAGGUGGUGUCAUGUCUCCUUUCACUAUUGUCAAGGCGCGAAUGGAGUUCCUACCGCCUGGUACUUUCGAUAGCAACUUGCAGGUUGUGCGUCACGUGCUGCAUCACGAAGGCGUAUGUGGAUUGUAUCGUGGCAUGAUGCCAACGCUCAUCCGAGACGUGCCGUUUUCAGGACUGUAUGUGCUCAUAUACACGCGUUUGCGCGACUCGUGGGCCGAGAAGUUUUCGCACCUGCCAGUGUACGGCGUGCAUUUCAGCAGCGGCGUGGUCGCGGGCGUGCUGGCGACGUCCAUCGUGCAUCCUGCCGAUGUGGUAAAGACACGCAUGCAGCUCGCCAUUAUGGUAAACAACGGAGACGGCGGCGCUGCUGCUGUGCAGAACUCACUCACAUUGCGACAGACUGUGGCCAAGAUCUAUCACCACGAAGGUCUGCGUGGCUUCGCAAAGGGAAUCCUUCCACGUGUGAUCAAACGAACGCUGUCCACGGCAGUCACGUGGACAAUCUACGAGCAAUUAUCUCUGCGAUAGAUGACAAGGCUCUAGUUCGUGGCUGGGGACCAUUAGAAGUUGAUAGUAAAUUUUUGUAUUAGAAAAACUAUGAAAAACUAACGGCUAGCACGCGAGCAUGGAUUUCGGUAAUACUUCCCUAUAUUGAGCAGCAAUUACCGCGUGAUGAUAGGCGUGAAAGCGGCAAAAGGUUCACCCCCGUUCGCGUGUGGUCCAUUGCCAUUGAGAUUGCUCCCAGGC